GAGCAGCGUUCCAUCUCAGGCCGAGUGUGGUAUUAACUGAGUAACUAAGAAGUACCUGCUCUUUGUUUCAGUCUCACUCAGAUGCUGACACUUUUCUCAGUGUUUGUGCAGUGAGCAGCAGAUUUGGUCAUAAAUCUGAAACAACUAGGCAGAAGACUACACCUCCAGCAUUAAUUAGAACAACUGGUAGGUUCUUGUGUUCAAUCUGUUUGGACAGUUUAAAUAAAUACCUGCCUUUUACUGCCAGUGGAUAGAAAGAAGUCACAAUGAUCACAAUCAGUGUGCGUCAUCUCAAACACACAGACAGGCUGAGCUCACUUUCUCUUUCUCUUUCUCAUGACAUUUUAUGUUUAAUGCACUAAUCAAGCUACAUUUAGUCCCAUACGGCCCAUAAACCUUCCUUUAAAAAGGGUGAAUCCUUCUGGAGUCAUUCACCAGCCUUCGCUGCCUGUUUGCAGUUACGAGUCACUGUAAACAGCAAAUGUAAGGUGAGAGGUCAACACUGAGUCGUGACAAGUCGACUUCACACCUGCAUGUGUGUUAAACAUUAAUGAGAUGAUUAUCAUGAGAUUAGAAGUGAUGUGUUAAAGGAGGCGCGUCGGCGGGAGCUGCAGGGAAGGAGGAGAGUCUGUAUCCUUAAAGAAUGACCAUAGGAAGGAAUCAAAGCGUAAUAACAAUAAAAGACACAGAGAACAGUCAGAGUGAAAUCACAUGAAGUUUGCGUUACUUUAUAUUUACAUUGCAUAUCUUGUGACUCCUUCUAUUACUGUCUGUAAACCUGCACCACAUUUCUAAAAGCAAAAUCACUUUAACAAGACGUGCUCCUCCAGAAGCGGUGACCCUGCAUCAAAGACUCCUACGUGCACCACCAACACACAAGACGCACAAGACGCACAACACCAGGCAGGUUUGAGCCUCCUCGCUCUAAAACACCAACCUGCACAGUGCACCCAGUGCACCCAGUCUUCCCAGUAUAGUCAGUCAGGCCAAUCUGUCAUGUGUUUUCCAUAACCUUUAAUGAAUUCAACUGUGGUUUCCAACACAAAAGCAUAGGAGCAUCAGAGACUUGUUGUGAAUCAAGCCUUUGCUGCCACGUCUCAGCUUCACACAUUUACCGUCUAUAAUCAGAUCAAAUAGAAAUAAUACUCUGCCAAACGUCAUCAGCUGACUAAUUGGGGUUGUUUUUCCGCCCAUGCAGUCGCUGACAGAAAACGCUACUGUAACUUUGCUCCUUUAAGCGGAGCUUUCUCUUCCUGCUUGCGGGUUUCCGCAUUGUUGCGCCUGCGUCGCAGCUCCAGGUGCAGUCCGCGGCCAGUGCGGGUGUGACCGGCGUCUCCGCGCGUCUGCUGCAGUGGGAACUCAACUGUCUCCGCGUGUCCAGCUCUGUGCGCCACAACAUGGCUCUGCCGCAGCAGUUACGAGAUGAGAGUGACUUCGAUCAGCUGCCGGACAACGUCCCUGUCAGCGCCAGCAUCGCUGACGUGGAGGAGAAGAAAGGCUUCAUCGACUACUUUUUGUUUGUUAUUGAGGUGAAGACUAAAGGAGGGAGCAAAUAUCUCAUCUACAGAAGGUACAGAGAGUUCUUCAACCUGCAUCAGAUCCUGGAGUCCAAAUACUCCCCUGAGGACCCGGACCGACCCGGGCCCAACACCUGCGUGCUGCCGUCUCUGCCGGGCAAAGUCUUCGUUGGGAACAAGCGGGAGAUCGCGGAGAGCAGGAUCCCGGAGCUCAACACGUACGUGAAGAGGUUGCUGAGUCUGCCAAUAUGGUUUCUGCUUGACGAGAGUCUGAGGAUGUUUUUCUACCAGACGGACCAGGACACGCAGCACCAACCGAGAGCCCUUAGGCGCCUGCGCCCCCCCACCCGCAAAGUGAAGACGGUUAAGCCGAAGAUGGAGCUCUUCUCGUCCCCCCGGGCGGAGGCGAUGUUUGACUUUCGCGGCAACGGCAAGGCGGAGCUGAACUUUAAGAAGGGAGAAGUGAUCUUCCUGCUGCGACGAGUCAACGCCGACUGGCUGGAGGGCACCGUAAACAACCAGACGGGCAUUUUCCCAGAAUCCUUUGUGAAGGUGAUAAAGGCCCUCCCUGACAGUGACUCUGAUGGUGAAGGUGGAGCCCACCUGUACAGCUGCCUGCACUGCUUCCUGCUCACCCCGGCUGGAGUGGAGGCCAGAGACGUGUGUGUGCAGGAGGACCUCAGCAUCCAGCCGACGCACAAGGACCUGCUGUCGCGCAUGAGAAACGUCUUCCAGCAGCAGGACAUCGCCCUGAACUACCGCGACCCCGAGGGCGACCUCAUCCGCAUCCUGGACGACGAGGACGUGCUGCUGAUGAUCAGGGAAGGCAGGCGGCAGCAGGGCACAGUCAACAGACCCGUCAACCAGUUCCCAUGGGAGCUCAUAGUGACCGUGGCCUCCGACCUCUCAGUUUACAACACCGAGGCCUGACUCUGAGGUCUCCUCACAAUAUGCUCCCUCCUGAUUCGUGGUCGAUGCAUUUCACCUAUUAAUAAACUAAUUUAACAAAUA